UUUAAGUUUUUAAUACAAAUCAUUUCCAUUCGCAGAACGAACGUCUGGUUGAAAUCGAAAAUAUUUUUACGAUAGAGAAGAAGAAAAAUGCAAACAACAAGAAAACUUUUAAUUUACAGUCAGUGGAACAAAAAUGUUUUUCACGUAGUCAAACAUCGUUCAACAAUAGCCGCACCAGUCGCCCAAUGUCCAUAUGCAGAUGUUGCAACAAAUGAUCAUCAGAUCAUUGCCAAUCGUGCAAAAAAAGAAGUAGUGACUGAACAAUAUCUUCCAUAUUCACAGGUGCCGGGUCCCAAACCCAUUCCGAUAUUGGGCAACACAUGGAGAUUCUUUCCCAUCAUUGGACAAUUUAAAAUUUCCGACAUUGCAACGAUGUCGUUUCUUCUGAACCAAGUAUGGGGACGAAUUGUUAAAGUUGGUGGCUUAAUGGGACGGCCAGAUCUUUUGUUUGUCUUUGAUGCUGAUGAAAUUGAAAAGUGUUAUCGUAAUGAAGGGCAAACACCAUUUCGACCAUCUAUGCCUAGUUUGGUCAAAUACAAAGGAGAAUUACGUAAAGAUUUUUUCGGUGAUUUACCGGGUGUCGUUGGUGUUCAUGGCGAGAAGUGGAAAGAGUUUCGUUCAAGAGUUCAAAAACCUAUUUUGCAGUUGUCAACAGUUCGACGGUAUGUGAAGCCGCUAGAGCAAGUAACGAACGAUUUCAUGACACGAUGUCAAACACAACUUCUUGACGAAAACAGUGAACUGCCUAAUGAUUUUGCAAAUGAAAUUCACAAAUGGUCGCUUGAAUGUAUUGGCCUUGUUGCUUUAGACACAAGAUUGGGAUGUCUUGACGGAACUCUCGACCCAAAAAGUGAACCACAACAGAUUAUUAACGCAGCACAGUUUGCAUUGAGAAACAUUGCAAUGUUGGAGCUUAAAGCACCUUAUUGGCGAUGGUUUCCAACACCUUUGUGGACUCGAUAUGUCAAGAACAUGGAUUACUUUGUAGAAGUUUGUAUGAAAUAUAUUAGUCAAGCAACCAAACGACUUCAAGCAUCGGGUGGUGUUGGUGGAGCUUUGGAUGGUGAACCGUCUUUGAUUGAACGUGUCUUAAAAGAAGAAAAGAAUGAAAAGCUUGCAACUGUUAUGGCUUUAGAUUUGAUUCUUGUUGGAAUUGAUACAAUUUCAAUGGCAGUUUGUUCGAUUCUUUAUCAACUUGCAACACGACCUGAAGAACAGGAAAAGAUUUAUCAAGAAUUGAAGCGAAAUAUUCCCGAUAAAAACACUCCGCUCACAAUUCAACUUCUUGAGAAGAACAAAUACACGAAAAGUUUCAUUAAAGAAGUUCUUCGAGUUUAUUCAACUGUCAUUGGGAAUGGAAGAACCUUGCAGAACGACACGCCAAUUUGUGGCUACAUGAUACCGAAAGGAGUUCAAGUUGUCUUUCCUAAUCUUGUCACGGGAACCAUGGAUGAGUAUGUGUCGGAUGCCAGUGAAUUUAAGCCUGAACGUUGGAUUAAAAGCGAAGACAAUGACUCAAACCUCCACAAAUUUGCUUCCCUUCCUUAUGGACACGGCUCGAGAAUGUGUUUAGGAAGACGAUUUGCUGACAUGGAAAUGCAAAUUUUACUAGCGAAAUUAGUCAGAAAUUAUAAACUUGAAUACAAUCACAAGCCACUCAACUAUGCCAUUACAUUCAUGUACGCACCUGAUGGCGAUUUAAAGUUUAAAAUGACUCCUCGUGUUGAGUAAACUUUAAAUAUUUUAUUUCAUUUCACUUGAUUUUUGUAUAUUUAAAUUAAUAUUGGA